UUACAUGCAAUUCAUAAUGUUUUUUAUUUACAAUUCAUUUUGAUAUUUCGAUUUGUUGUUUUGCUUGGAAAUGGCGCUGAUCAAACAAAUCGGAGUGUGGCCUUAGUCGAGAGACCUUGUAAUAUAACGCGUUAUCUUGAUAACCCCACGCCUGUUACAUUACGAUACCCGUUGGCUGGAAUCAAACAAACAAUUUUAUCGAUACAGCUCAAUCUUAUUAAUUAAAUAGCCGUCGCCAUAUUUUAUCGUUCAGUAUCGUCGGGACGAUUGCUGGUUAUUUAAGGCAAUCGAUGUAAUUAGCCAUCCCUCCACUCAAGUUUAACCAUCCGCUUCAUUUUAACUUAUUCCCCUUUGACUACUUGUCAUUCGCUUCAGUUCCAUUCGGUUCAUCUGCGACGAUCUAUCGCAUCGCCAACAAUCGAACUUUCAACUGUUCAGCUGUGUUCAGCUUGCAACUGGUUUCAAUACAUACUUAUAUUCUUCAGACUCUAAGCAAUGACGACGCAGGCGAGUAAAAAUGUGAAAGUCGAAAAAGUAACAGAUGCUUAUGGCCUUUCCGAAGGCCCUCAUUGGGACCAUCGUACUCAAAAAUUGUAUUUUGUUGACAUAUACAAUCAGUAUAUACGCAGGCUAGAUCCCGCAACAGGUGUUGUGACCAGCGCAUACAUAGAUCAUGGGACUGUAGGAGUUGCUGUACCUGUGGAUGACAGUGUUGACCAACUUAUAGUGGGUUCAGGAAAAGAUGUUAUUCUUGUUACAUGGGAUGGAGAAAGCAAUAAAUCUAAGGUACCAGUCAAAGUGUUGUGUUCGGUCGAUUCUCCUGAGGCUCAAACGAGAAUUAAUGAUGGAAAAGUGGACUCGGCUGGAAGAUUUUGGCUCGGUACUAUGGGUAACGAAGUCAAUGGACAGAUAGCUCCCAAUUUAGGAACAUUAUAUCGCGUCGAUGAUGAUCUUGAGCCAAAAAAGAAAAUAUCGCCUGUUACAAUAAGUAAUGGAUUGGCAUGGAAUAUUGAAGACGACACUUUGUAUUAUAUUGAUUCAACUCCUCGUCAGGUUGCAGCGUAUGAUUACAAUCCGAAUAAUGGGACAAUAUCUAAUAAGAGGAUUGUAUUUGAUCUCAAUAAGACUAAUUUGAAAGGAUUACCUGAUGGAAUGACUAUAGAUACAGAUGGCAAUCUUUGGAUAGCAUUAUUUGGUGGAUCUCGAGUUAUUUGCGUGGAUCCGAAAACAGAAAAAGUAUUACGCGAAGUUGAGAUUCCAACUGAAAACGUAACCAGUGUCGCAUUCGGCGGUCCACUUCUAGAUACUUUGUAUGUGACCACAUCUGGUUUCAAUAUAAGUGCAGAGCAACGACAAGCGACUCCUUACGCUGGUGCUAUAUUCGCGGUGACAGGUUUAGAAGUUCAUGGACUACUUGCAAAUUCAUUUACGAUAAUGGAUUAAAAGAGUAGGAAUUUUACAAGAAAUAUCAAGAAAUAGAUAUCUUCAUAUUUGCGAAAAUGUACGUAAUUUUUAAAUUUUAUAUCGUGAUGAUCUUGAAUCAAAAAAGGAAAUAUCGCCUGUUUACAAUAAAUAAUGGAUUGGUAUGAAAUUGAAGACGACACUUUGUAUUAUAUUGAUUCAGCUACUCGUCAAGUUGUAGCGUAUGAUUACAAUCCGAAUGAAAUUGAAUAAAAAUUAAAUACUACUCCUGAAAA